CGUCUCCACGCUGUCGCUCAGUCAGUGACGUGGAUUUUCAUUGAGGCAGUCAGUGCUGCCAAAAUACUGAUAUCAGCAGUAUCCUACAGCUUUUACCAGAAACUUUCUCCAUAUUUACCAGCUGGACUGCUCUUUUGCUUUGCGCCGUGUGUCACCGUUAUAUACUGUGUUGUCUCAGCGUUCGUAACAGGCGAGCAGCGCUUGUAAAACGGGUUUUCCUGGUCUCUGCUAGUUUAGUCACAAGUGUCUACUGUGUAAACUGCUGUUGCGUGUUUUAGUCAGAGGCUCCAGAAUGAGUAAAAACAGCAAAGUGUUGAACCUGAAGGAUAAAAUCAGCGGCAAUGAAGUGGACCUGAGCUUGUGUAACCUUACUGAGGUCCCCGUCAAAGAGCUGGCUUUAUUACCCAAAGCAACUGUUGUGGACUUGUCAUGCAACAACAUUACCUCCCUUCCUCCUGAGUUUUGCAGCCUGACCCACCUGGUGAAGGUGGAUCUGAGUAAAAACCAGCUGACCUGUCUGCCAGAUGACCUGGGGAACCUGGUCAGCCUUCAGCAUCUGGACCUUUACAACAACAAGCUGACUGCCCUGCCUAUCAGCUUCUCCCAGCUCAGGAGUCUGAAGUGGUUGGAUCUGAAGGACAACCCGCUGGAGCCUGGUCUGGCCAAGGCAGCAGGAGACUGUCUGGAUGAGAAGCAGUGCAAACAGUGUGCCUCUAAGGUUCUGGAGCAUAUGAGAGCCAUUCAGGAUGAGGUCGAUCGUGCAAGAGAGAAACGCCUCCUGAGGGAAAAAGAGCUGGAGAAAAAGAGGGAGGCAAAGCAGAGGGAGCGGGAGGCCAGAGAGAAGGAGGCUCGUAAACGGGAGAAGGCAGAGGAGAAGGAAAAGAGGAGGAAAGAGUACAAGGCUCAGAUGGCAGCCCUGGCUGCACAGGAACAACAGCAGAAGAAGAAGAGUGAGGACAAGAAGAAGAAGAAUGGACAAGCAACAGCAGAUAAAGUCGUUGUAGAGUCAGCACCUAAACCUCGGCGUUCUCUCGUUGGUCUGGUGUUCAAGCUCCUCCUCCUGCUGCUGCUGGGAUUAGUCGGAGUUGCCGCUGCCUGCCAGCUGGCCGACCUGCAGAAGGAAGCCAUGUGCGUGCCAAUCCGCGCUGCUAUGAAUGAUGGCCUGUCCUGGGCCAAAAAGCAGGAGGAUGUGAUCAGACAACUGGUGCAGAAUCUGUCAUCUGUGCCAACAAGGAUCUCAUCUUUGGACUCCAUGUCCUGCACUGUGACCAGCACCAGGAGCUGGUUUGGGUUUCACUGCAUGACAUGGAGCACAGGUUACAUCAGUGAAAUAUCAGGGUGCCCUGUCUGUGCUGCACUGGAGUGUCGAGGCAGAGAGCCUCCAGUCCUACUGGGAGUGCUGGUGUUAGGGCCCUUCAUCUAUGCCAGAGGCCCUCAGCUGCAGCCCAGGAUGGACAUGGUCAACACUCCACAGGAGCCGGUGAAGCUGUGA